UUCCCCGGCCGGGUGCGCGCGCAGGCAGGCAGGCUCCGCGCACGCGCAGUCCGCGCCUACUGCGGUGGAGCCGAUGGCGUCCGAGCGGCUUCCGAACCGGCCCGCUUGUCUCCUCGUGGCCAGCGGCGCCGCCGAGGGAGUGUCAGCCCAGUCCUUCCUCCAUUGCUUCACGUUGGCCAGCGCUGCCUUCAACCUGCAGGUGGCCACCCCUGGGGGGAAGACCAUGGACUUUGUGGACAUGAGUGAGAGCAAUGCACGCUGGGUGCAGGACUUCCGCCUCAAGGCCUAUGCCAGCCCCGCCAAGCUCGAGUCCAUUGACGGUGAGGGCCCGAGACCUUGGAGGGUCGGUGUGUGGGGUUCCAGGUGCCCGGUACCAUGCCCUCCUGAUUCCCAGCUGUCCCGGGGCCCUGGCCGACCUGGCCAGCAGUGGGUCUCUGGCCCGAAUCCUGCAGCACUUCCACUCCGAGAGCACCACCGGAACUUGAGGUUUGAGCCGGAAGCAGCAGCUCCCGUGUUUCCAGGGGCCGGGCAGCGGCCUCCAGGAGGUCGGCCGUGGCGGGUGGGGGUGUUGGGAGAGGGCCAGGCCCCGGCCUCCAGGACCUCAGCCCCCCUGCUGCUGCUUUCAGAGCCCAUCUGCGCGGUUGGCCACGGGGUUGCCGCCCUGUGCUGCGCCACCAACGAGGACCGGUCCUGGGUGUUCCGAGGCUACAGCGUGACCGGGCCCUCCGUGUACGAGCUCGUCAGGGCCCCUGGCUUCGCCCGCCUGCCUCUCAUCGUGGAGGACUUUGUGAAGGAUGCAGGUGCCAGCUUCAGUGCCAGCGAGCCUGACGCGGUGCACGUGGUGCUGGACCGCCACCUCGUCACGGGCCAGAAUGCGGGUUCCACUGUGCCCGCCGUGCAGAACCUGCUCUUCCUCUGCGGCAGCCGGAAGUGACGCGAUCCCCGAGGAGCCAGCCUACCUGCCAGUGACGCCACCACCUCCCGAGGCCCCGGCCCCCAGAGGCAGCGGGACUCAGGCCUCCAGGACCUGAGCCUCUGACAGCGCGAGGCUGACUUCGCCCGACCAGGCCUCCGGGACUGCGGGAGGGGGGCCUCCAGGCGGCAGCCAGAGGGGUGUC